AUGGAUCCCAGUCAAGUCAAGCAGCCUCCUCCCAAGCUCAUCUACAAGGACGGCAAGCUCGUCCGAGCAAACCUCCUCUGGGAACCUAGUAGCUGGUUUUCCAAGGAAGGCAGCGGCAUUGUCGUACCCAUACCCGAAGAGAUCUUUCAGACCGCAAUGAAGCGAAACGACUUGGAUACUGUACUCAAAGAGCUGGAGGAGGUACGGAAGAAGCAGCCGACGUCCUGCUAUCAGUUCACUACUUCCAUGCUCAUAUUUCCCUGCGUCAUCAUUCCUGGCGUGUGCUGCAUUCAAAGGAUGCGCAGCAAGAAUCGUGUGCUCAAGUAUGAUCGGGAUCUCCGCGAGUGGCAAGAGCAGAUGAACGCAAGGUACCUGAGAUCCAUCGGCUGCUACGUGAAGACCCAGUCCUGUGCUCGCCAGGUCGGGUCUGGAGAGCGCUCUAACCGCGAGAUAGAUCACUGGAUCGCCAUCGCUUUCACGGCAGAGGAGAGUCAAAGACUCGCAAACGAGCCGCAUGUAUUUGGCCAUAUAGUGGAUCUCACCUGUUGUGUUGGUGUGAAGGAGGAAGAUAUGUGUAUGCAUCCGUUAUGA